AUGAACUCGACAAUAUUUAUUAAGAUCACGCUGUUUUACAGCACAUUUGUUCUGUUUUACUCCAAUAUCUACUCACAGGUCAUAUGUGGAAAAACAAAUCCGCUCUUGCCCAAUGACACGUGCAUAGAGUUGAAAACGAAUCACUUCAGAUUCGAUGAAUACUGGUGGUUUAUGCCGAAAACAAGUUCGUUGUUUGACCUCAUGAAAAAUUAUACAGAAAGAUUUUGGAUAGGGCUUUAUAUUCAGAACGGUGUAUAUUACUGGGGUGACCAAACAGAACUCGAAGACAAGGAAAAAAAAUUAUUUCUCAAGCACAAUUACAAAGGCAAUGAAACUCGCUGUGCCGUUUACGAAAAUAAAUCAAUUGAAUUUGUCCAGUGUGCCUGUCGAAACAAUGGUCUCGCCGAUAAAGCUUCGAACUAUUCACGUUUUGCAAAUUUUCCUAAAAUUUGUAAAGGGAAUAACACAGGGAAAACUACUGCAAAACCGAAAACAAGAUUAGAAAGCAGGACCACCAGUGAGUAUGUGGGAUCUACUCAACCUAUCAUUACGGCGACAAAGAAAAUAACAUCAGGAGGCAUGACUUCCGAUACGUCUUUUAUGAAAUCUAGUCAAACAAUCAGUGCAGCGGUACCGGAAACAACCUCAGAAGGCUUUACUACCAGUGAAUUGACGACUGCAUCACAUACGAGCACAGUAAAAGAAAAACGCUGCAACUGCAGCUGCCGGCGAAAUAAUACAACAGAAUUUACCAUGGAAGAAAUCCGUAAGAUAUUCCUUAGCAGAAAGGAAACAUCUCGUUAUAAGAGAAGCAAAGAAUCUGCCCCGGAUGAAAGAAAAUCAUCCAAAGUUAUUGCUGGUGUGGCAGUUGUGGCUAUAUCCGCCACGCGGUCCUCUCGUUUGAAGACCGUGGAAUCUCAUGCCGCCGCCAGCAGAAUAAUGCUAUCUAAUUUGUCGCUGCCGCCGAUGCCACCAUUCAUCCUCUUUGGGCUCUCGCGAAGGUCUGCUGCCAAUAUCCGUCCACGUGUUGUUCGUCCGUCUCACGCACUGGAAAAUGAAUGA